AGGCAGCAGUCUUGUUGGGGGAUUUGGCUCUUUGUGAUCUGAGCUGAGCGUGUUGGAAAAAUAAGUGUUAUUUGGCAAAUAUGGGGAGCUGGAGGUGUUUGCCGCUGUUGUGCGCACUUUGUUUGGUGCCAACCACCGGAGAGGCAACGAAAAGUGACGACGAGGUCAACCUUGUCAGCUUCUUGAGAGGGAUCUACACCGGACUCUUGGUGAGGGAUGACCCCUUCGUUCUCAACACAGACUUUGGGAUAAACUCCCUCGCUUUGGAAAAGCCGGAGGUCCUCUCGUUCGCAGAAGAAAACGGAAACAACGGCGAACCGGUCAAGGACAACAAUGGGACGGCUGGACCUGUGGUGUUGACCAAAAACGGGCCAGUCGAGGGGAUUACAGCAGAUAAGGCCCAGGUAUUCUAUGGGAUACCAUAUGCGGACCCCCCGGUUGGAUCUUACCGCUGGAAGCCGCCCAGACCUGUGAGUCCUUGGAAGGGGGUUUACGACGCCACCUUCCCCAGGGCGCCAUGUAUGCAGGCCUGCAGAGGACCUAUCGCUGCAGAAUGUCCACAACAUGCCAGCGAGGACUGUCUUUAUCUCAACAUCUUCGUCCCCCGCGACGUGAACUUCAGCUCCCCGCCGCGCAGUCCACUUCCCGUGAUGGUGUGGAUCCACGGUGGGGAUUUCAUCGCCGGUUCGGCGUCCAAGCCGCUGUACGACGGCCGCUUCAUGAGCAACUUCACCCGCUCCAUUGUCGUAAGCCUGGAGUACAGACUGGGUGCGUUCGGGUUCCUGGUGUCAGGCAAAGACCCCGAGACGUCAGCUGUGGGAAAUUACGGCAUUCUGGACCAGCAGGCGGCGCUCCUUUGGGUCCAGCGGAACGUUGCCACGUUUGGAGGUGACUCCGGCAAGGUAACGCUAUUCGGAGAGAGUGCCGGUGCUCAGUCUGUGAGUCUUCACCUGAUGAUCCAAAGCAGCAAGCCUCUGUUCAAACAGGCGGUUCUGCAGAGUCUUCCCUUUUCCAUCCCUCUCAAGACCAGACACGACGCCCUGAAGCUCGGGAAGGACUUUGCAAAAAAGACCAAUUGUUCCGUCGCCGACAUCGUCUGCCUGCUGUCGCUGGCGCCACGCGCCGUCCUGGAAGCGCAGAUGAAAACAAGUUCCAAGCUCGUGAACCCGUUCAGGUUCCUGGAGGUGUUCGAGACGUGGGGUCCCUUCAUCGAUGGCGAGCUCAUCAAGGACCAGGCGGUCACCGCCUUCCAGAAAGGCCACUGGCAUAAGGAGAAACCGGUGCUGCUGGGCACAACCUCAGAAGAAGGCGUGAUCUUUGCGUACGGCGUCUUUAACAAGCCCGUGUCGGCGGUGCAGUCCAUCAUGUACGUUACGGCCAUCUUCAAACAGCACAGCCUGCGGAUCCUGCACAAGUACCUGCCUCUCUACAGAGACUCUGACCGAAGAGAUAUGCUGGCUCAGAUCAUCACAGACUUUGUCUUCCUGUGUCCAUCGCGAAGGUCGGCGCGUGUAGGCACAGAAGCAGGCUGCAAAGCGUGGAUGUACGUAUUCGACCACGUGACCUCGGACGCCCGCGUCUGGUCCGGUCUGACCUUCUGCUACCGGCACGUCUGCCACGGCGCCGAGUUGCCGUUCGUCUUCGACUCGGCCCCCGCGGCCAACUUCACGAUGACGCCGGCCGAGAAGGUGCUGUCCAAUCGGAUGCUGUGUUACUGGGGCGCCUUCGCCCACACGGGUGACCCGUCCUCACGGGUCAGUCAGACAACCUUCUGCCGGGAGCAACGUCUGCCCGUGUGGCCUCGCUAUUCUGACACCAGCGGGUGGCUGGUCAUGAACCUGACGGUGCACUCGCAUGCACAAAUGGGGACCAGGAGCCAUGUGUGUGACUUCUGGGACCAUCUGGGUAUCUACUAGGGCUGCAAAAUUCCAUGAAUUUUCAAAUAAUAUGAUUUCCACGUUUGUGU